AUGCGUUCGAGUCAAUCAAGGGAAGCUCUGCCUUUCUCGAAUUCCACUUGCGUGUCUCAAAACUCUCUAUUCCUGUCUGACACUGCUCUUUCCUUAAGUCGGUCUUUGAAGUCACUCAGCGGUCUCGGUCAACCAAAAUCGGCCGUUCAGCGUCUCAGUUCUUGUAUUGGAAAUCUCGCCGACGCUAUUGGAAUGAUUAUAAGUUUCAGGGACGAUGCCUACGCUGCAUCAGCCAGUGUCCCAAAAUUAGCGCGUCUUCUUGACUCAACUUCUACCCCGGAGAAUCAGUACAACGCAUGCGUUAUCUUGCACAAACUUUCCGAAAAAGAGGCGUCUCGAAAUAGUUUAGCUUAUUAUCCCCAGAUAAUUGAGAGGCUGGUUCGUUUACUUCAAACAACACAGGAUAUCAACACACAAACAGAGGCAGUGUUGGCACUGCGCAAACUUUGCCAUGCUAAGCCGGCUAUCUCUGCAGUGCGUGGUGUUCUCUCAAUCUCCAAUCUUGUAGAGUUAUUAAGUCAUCCUACGGAGACCAUUUUUCUUACCGCCCUCUCCAUCCUGCAUCGGCAGAUGCUUUUUCUGCCGGAUACAACGCGGGCCGAGGUAAAGGAGUGUGGCGGACCCGUCCAGCUAGCUAGCCUUCUCACUCCCGAGAAGAUUGCUGAUCCCGCCUGGCUGACAAUUUGUGCUGACGCAAUCCGCAUGACUGCCUACGAGGACGCUGAAAUCAAGCUCAUUCUAUUGGAUUGCGACAUUGCGGAAAAAGUUGUCUACCUCUUGAAUGCGGGCCCAAAAAAUGAGAAACUGCAACACGCGCUUGCGCGACUCGUCAAAGUACUUAGCGUUUCAACGGAAUGCAAACAAGGACUAGUGGAAGCUGGCGCCGUUCAGGCGCUGACUCAACUCCUCAACUCUAAGCACAAUUCACUUGUUCUGGAAACACUCUGGGGUCUGCGAAAUCUGAGUGAUCAAGCCUUUCAUUUGACCGAUACCACAGAUCUUUUGAAGCUUCUUGCAUCCCUGGUCUCUUCAUCUGUCGAACAUAUUGCGAUUUGUUCAAUUGGGUGUCUAUGUAACCUCACUUGUCAGAAUGCCACCAAUAAGGCUACCCUUAUCGAGGCAGAUGGUGUUCGUGCGCUCUGUGGUUGUCUAACGGCCUUCUUAAACCGCGAUGAGGUCACUGAGCCCAUCUGUUCUGCACUGCGGAACCUAACUCAUCAAAAUGAACACGCAUCGCUUGCUAUACGUCAGAUUCACGAUUUUGGUGUUCUGAAGACGAUUGUUGGUCUUUUGAAAUCCGAUCAAUUUCCAGAACAAUUACCUCUUGUCAAAGCAGUCAUUGGUCUUAUUCGCAAUCUCGGAUUGUCAAAGCCUUGCCGACGUGCUUUGCAUCAACUUGGAACGACAGACCGUCUAAUCGCACUGUUUCGACGUGCCACAAGCGCCUAUGAGGAUGUCAUCCGACAGCGCUCCUCUGUUCUCUCUGAGUCCUCCGAUCUGGAUUACAUCGAAGGUGUUAAAUUAGAAGACCUUGUCGAACUGCUUCUUGUUGCUUUGCAGUCGAUGGCACAGCACUCGGCUGCUCGAGCAGCCAUCAUUGAAGCGCCUGAUGGUGUUUUCGCCAGUUUUGUUCAGUAUUUGUAUAGUAGCUCGGAGUACCUCCAGCAGGCAUCACUAAGUUUGUUAAAUGAGGUCUCCGUCUGUCCUGAAGGCAGUCAAGCUAUUGAGAGAGGGGGCGCAAUCGCGAGGAUCACCGAGUUAGUGCAUUCAUCGGAUCCAAAAACAGCCACCUACAGUGCUUCAAUCCUACACCACGUAGCCGCCCACUUGAAAUCAGUGGACUAUCAAUUGCGGCUUUCUCAAGAAUUGAAGAAGUCACUUCGUGAUUCUGGUGUCCUUCCUACCCAAGAGACUCCCUUUAAAGUCGCCACCAUGGAUCAACUGCCCAACGGACCGGAAGAGUUACUUCCUAAACCUCACUCUAGAGGCAAUCUCAAUGAAAUGAAUAAUGCUGAAUGUGGGCAGCGUCUAAAUAGCAGCCAUCUAUCGUUGGAUGAACCUCGAGUUUAUCUGGAGGGUCGAGAGGCCCCGCAAAUGAUUUGA